GCUUUUCUUAAAUCUCUUGUGCUGGAUUUCUUCAACCUCUCUUCCUUUACUUUUUCUUUCUUAUAAGCAUUAAACCUUCAAGUUGCAGUCUUCCUUACAUUUCACGAGCUCUCAAGAUGGCGAAGGGAUGCACAACCAACAACACCUAUGAAGAGGCUAGAAAGCAAAGGCUUGAAGAAAACAAGAAGAGGUUUCAGGAUUUGGGAAUUUCAAGGAUCUCAAAAAAUUUGACUGAAAUCGCAAGCGCUGCGAAGAAAACACCUAAAACCCCGCCUCGUCUUCCUAAGCUGAAAUCAAAUAUUGAUGGUGUGGUGGAACCUAGGCGCUCUUCUCGUGUGCGAAACCCAGUUACUACAUACCGUGAAGAUGUCAACGCAGACCUUCCAUCUUUGCGGAAGAGGUCAAGAUCAAGACCAUCAUCAUGGGAAAGUUACGUAGCAAGGCCACUAGAUGAAAUCAAAGUAGCAACAGAAAGAGAAAGAAAUCGUGCUCUGGACGCUGCAGAGGCUUUCCAAAUGAAUUUACAGACUUCCUAUCCAUCAUUCGUCAAAUCAAUGGUUCGAUCUCAUGUUUAUAGCUGCUUUUGGUUGGGUCUUCCAUCUAGAUUUUGUGAGGAGCAUCUCCCAAAAACUCUGUAUGACAUGAUUUUAGAGGAUGAAGAUGGUUCAGAAUAUGAGGCUGUUUACAUUGGGAAAAGAAGUGGGCUUAGCGGAGGCUGGAGAGCAUUUGCAUUGGAUCAUAAGCUGGAUGAUGGUGAUGCACUUGUUUUUGAACUGGUUGAGGCCUCGAGAUUUAAGAUUUAUAUUUGUAGAGCAUUUCCAGAAUCAGUUGAAGAUGAAGAGGAUACUUUGGAGGAAGAAGGAACAACAAGAGAAGCUAAAGCAACAAAAGUGAAAAAAGCUGCUAGUAAUGCUGAGUCCAAAUCAAACAAGUCAAAAAAACCAAAACAGGCCAUUGUACAUGAAACUAAGGAAUCAGCAAAUCAGAAUACUUUGAAGGAAGAAGGAAGAACACGUGCAAGCAAAAGACUUAAAGCUGCUGGAUCUAGUGAAUCAGAAGAAUCAAACAAGGUAAAGAAGCCAAAACAGGCCAUCAUGCACGAAACUAAUGAAUCAGAGAAUUCUCAGGAUUCUCUGCUAGAAAGUAGCAUUGACAAUGAAGUCAAACCAGCUAAGAAAACUAAAUCUUCUCAGAAAGAAAUGAAAAAGAAAUAUACACUGCCUGUUACUGGUGAAUCAAAAGGGGAAGCACCAAUUGAAACUAUGAAACCAAAGGAAGCUGUUCUUUACCAGCAAAGUGAACUUGGUGACUCAGGUAAGGCUGAACAGCUUCUUUUGGAAAAUGAAGUUGUCAAACCUAACCCGUGCAAGAAGAAAGAACUUCAGGAUGCUGAGAACGAGUUAAAGAAGGUUGAGCCAAUUGAACAAGCAAGUAAAAGGCCUAGGAAACAACGAGCUGUGAAGCUUUUCAGAAAGAAAGUAUAGGCUUGGAGCUAUUAGCUGGUAAAGAAAGUUAUCAAGAAAUGCAUGCAUUUAUUUAAGGAUUUGUGAUUGACUUUGGAAGCACACAAUGUUGUGUUAGGAUUUCUGCACUUUCAUAUCUGUUAGUGGACAAGAGAUGUUAGUUAGUCCAUAUUAAGUAAUGUGUAAGCUUCUAUUUUCCCUUACUAAAGGGUAUAUAUUAGUAGGUAUGGAAGUUUUGAUACAUUAAAAACUAAUGUGUAAUCGUGAUCCUUUCUAGUAUAAUUACUACAAGUUGGUUGAAGUUA